GGAACUCGGCGGGCGGAACAGGUCGCUUGCGCAGGUGGGGCCGGUCCAAAGGUCGGGCUCUUCCCCGCCAGCCACCCGUCAAGAUGCGGCUGCGGGAGCCCGUCCCCCGCGCACGGUGGGGGACAAGGAGCCAGCCGAGGGCGGGAUGCCAGCCGUGGUCGGGCUCUUACAGCAGAAUGCGCCCCCCCCCAACCGAAGGGGGCUCUGCAGCUGAUCUCUGGCUGAUCUGCGGCCUGGCCCUGGAGGGGACGUGUCCACCACAAGGCCCUUAUGAGUCGAGUCCCAGACCUUGCAAGAUCAGGACCGUACCUGGUGUAGACCCCCCUCCCCUGGCCUGGAUAAGAGGAGCUCAAGUCAGGGGCUGGGGUGCCAGCGAGCCCCCCCAAACCACCCCCUCUGCUCAGGCAAGUCUGAACUGAGAGGGCGGUCGCCAGGGCACCCUUCUUAGGCAGCAAAGGGUGGGCAGCUGAAGGUAGGGUCCGGGGAGGGACUGCAGGUGGGCCCUCCCGUCAACUGAGGCCGGGGUGGCGGAGAUCUGGCUUCCUGCAGUGUGCUGACCUGUGAUCUCUUCCCUCCUGCCCCACGCCCUGCCCCACGCCGGAGGAUGAGGGCGGCUUCCUUCGGCUGCUGCUGCCCACGCCUGCAGCUCCUCUGGGCUGCUCUGGUGGUCUCCAUGGCAAUUGGCUUCACCAUCCAGCUCCUGGGAAUCUCCUUUCAGAAGAGAGCUUCCUUGUCCCAGCUGCUUCCAACCCUCUGGGCCCCUCCGGCCAAGGAGGAGGUGCUGGGAGGGGAAGAGACCCGCAGCCACCCCCCCCUCUGCAAGCCGCGGCAGCACCUCGUCUUCCUGAAGACCCACAAGACUGGCAGCAGCACCAUCACCAACAUUCUGCACCGCUUCGGGGACGCACGGGGGCUGCGCUUCGCUCUCCCCACGCGCUACCAGUUCAGCUACCCGAACCCGUUCCAGGCACGGCGGGUCAAGGGCUGGCAUCCCAGCAGCCCCCCUUUUGACAUCCUGUGUCACCACAUGCGCUUCAACCUGCCUGAGGUCCAGAAAGUUAUGCCUGCGGACAGUUUCUAUUUCUCCAUUGUAAGGAAUCCUGCUUCCCUGGCCGAGUCCGCCUUCUCCUACUACCGUGCCGUGGUCCCUGCCUUCCGCCAUGCCGGUUCUCUGCCUGAAUUCCUGGCCGCCCCACAGCGCUUCUACCGGCCCGGCGAGCGAGGGAACCACUACGCCCGCAACCUGCUGUGGUUUGACUUUGGCCUCAGCCCCCCUGAGGGGCCAGGCAUUGCCCCCAUCAAGGCAGCUCUGGAAGGACUGCAGCAUGUUUUCCACCUUGUGCUGAUAACAGAGUACAUGGACGAGUCCCUGGUCCUCCUGCGGGAGGCCCUCUGCUGGAGCCUGGAGGAUGUCGUGGCUUUUCGGCACAACCUGCGCAACCCACAGGCAGUGCAUGCCCUGAAGCCGGUGGACGCCGCCCGCCUCCGGGCCUGGAACAGCCUGGACUGGCACCUCUAUGCUCACUUCAACCAGACUUUCUGGGCGCAGGUGGAGCGCUUUGGCCGGGCUCACAUGGCCCGGGAAGUGGCCUUGCUCCAGAAGCGCCAGACGGAGCUCAUGCAGCAGUGCCUGCAGGGCGGAGGCCCCCUGGAGCCCGGCCACAUCACUGACGAGCGCCUCCGCCCCUUCCAGUUUGGCCAGACACCCAUCCUGGGCUAUGCGCUGCGGCCUGGCCUGGCCCCAGGCGUCCAGGAGGUGUGCCGGCGCCUGAUCACCCCCGAGCUGCAGUACAAGGACCUGCUCGAUGCCAAGCAGUUUCCCCCUGUCCUGCAAGGCAACGGGUCUCGGGCACGCGGGGUGAGGUAGCCCCGGAGGGCUCUGCAGGCAGUGAUAGGAAUGCCAGCUCCUGCACCUGCCCAGCCUCGCCUGGGCCGGGAUGCUCCAAGAAAAACCUUGGGGGGCGCCUGGUGGGAAUGUCCCUCUGGAGGAACUCACCAAACUGACACGACAGGUCACGCUGCCAAAAAUAGCUAAGAAGGCCACAUUUUAGAAGAGCAAUUUCAGGUUUCUUUCAAAAAGCAGUUGAGCAGUUUGGUACAGUGACUCUUGACAGACAACGUCCAGUCGCCUGCGCUCUGCCUGAACCUGGGAGGAGCUUCCCGCCCAGGCUUGUGAAGGAAGCUCCCAAACGAGGAGCGAUUUGGUUAGCAUUUGAAGGAGGUGUUGGCUGAAGGGCUUCUUCCGCCUGAAGUGCCCGCAAUCGCGCCUCCUGGGGCUCCUGGUCUCUUUUCUACCCAUCUGCAGGAGCCGGUCCAAACCGGUUUGGGCUGCUGCUUCUCGGGUGGUCCCUGCUGGCGUACAAGCUGUGCAAUGGAGGGGGAUGGGGGGGCACCGGAAGGAGGUUGCAGGCACAAGGCUCAGCUCAGGCUCCAGGCUCGUGGUGCCUCCGCCUGCCCCUCCCUUGCCUUGGGGGCUCUGCCACUCCGCCCUCCUCACGAGGCUGCUUACACAUGGGCAGCAGGCGUGCGCAGGGGGCCUUCCUAGAGUGUCGUUUCCUUUGUGGGACCCUCAGAGGCUCUUCUGCACAAGAAGCCGCUCCAUGGGGAGACCACCCGUGGCGCCCAGGCAGCUGGCGCUUGCUCUGCGGCUGGGGAAGCUCUUCCACUGGAAUUGGGCAGAGGUGGGCUAGUGGGGUGGGCUGAGGAUGAGGCCUGCAACUGCACCCUCCAGUCUCAGCUCCUCUCCCAGCCAAGAUGGGGGGUGGGGGUGGGAUGCCUGUAUGGCCUGGUCAGGUACAUCAAUCUGCCUGUCAGCCCCCCAUGAAGACAGCGUCCAAAGGAGAGAAUUUACCGAGGCACCGAGAGCAGCUGACCCUAACUCGGCAUGGUUCCGGGAAGAGGGAGGGAAGAGGGAACAGACGGAAACCUAUGCGUGUGCCCUUGAGCAUAAGCCCCAUGGAGGAAGUGAGCACACAGACGAAGGACAGCCGUGCUCGAUCUAACCAAGGUGUGCGCUCGUCUGUUCCUGCAGCAGUCGCGCCACUGCUCCCGGGACCCCACAGGCUGGGCCUCCGUUCUGCAGCACCUCCCUGCUGAAGUCCCCGUGCUGCUGCUGGCGCAAGAACAGCAGUGCCACCAGGACCAGCAGCAUCCUCCUGCUCUCCCGGAAUUUGCUUGAAUUGGUGGCCAUCACUACACGCUUGGAAGCAGAUUCCAGUGUCUCGUGAUGCAUUGUGUGAAGGGGGACGCCCUUUUAUCUGUCUUGACUCUCCUGCCAGUCAGCUUCAUGGGAUGGGGGUUUGGCAAUGAUGGGAGGGAGAAAAAUGCCCCCCCCCCCACUUUCCCCACACCAUGCUUAGUUUAGUAUACCUCAGUCCUGUCUCUCCCUUUCGUUAGCCCAAACAUUCAGAUGCUCUAACAGGGGAAUUGCUCAGGUCCCUGGGUCAUUUCUCAACGCCUUUUCCAAUUCCCAAAUGCCCCUUUCCAGGUUCCGCAAUCACAGCUGCAUAUACUAUUAGUAUUCUAAGGGUAAUCGUAUGGGUGGCUUUAUUUUCUGUGCCUAACAUGGCAUUCUGCCUUUUUCCCAGUGGCUGCACAUGGGUUUCCAUCAAGUCGUCCAUGGCAACCCCAAGACCCCUUUACUGAUCUCUCGCUGCGGACUCCGACCCCAUCAGCCUGUGCCCGAAGUGGGCAGUUCUUGCUCCCGUGUGCGUGUGCACGGUUUCGACUGAGCCAACUUGCCAUCUUGAUGCCACUUCACCGUUGUGCAGAGACCCCUGUGGAACACUCCACAAUCCCAUUUGGUCGCAGGAGCCAUACAGGGCUUGAUGUUAUCGGCAAACCUGGCGGCUUCGGUGCUCGCUUCCAGUUCCAGAUCUUUUCCAAAGCAUCGGCUCCACUGCAGAUCCCCGUGGGGUCCCUGCGCUGGGAGAAUUUGCCAUUGCCACCUUUUGUUUUCCGUUCUUUAACCAAUUGCUGAUCUGUAAGAGGAGCCCUUCCUCAUUCCAUGGCACCUGCGCAGGCUUCGAGCCUUUGGAAGUCCAACUAAAUCAUGCCGUCCCCGUCCACAUGCGCACUGGCGCUCCAAAGAACUUGAAAAGGUUAGCGAGACGAGGCGUCCUUUCGCGGAAGGCAUGUCGAUCUUUCGCAGCAGGGGCUGGCCACCUCUGUGCCAACCAAUUCUGGCUUUCAGCCUGUUGACCCAAAGCGGAGAUUAAGCUUACUGCCCUGUAACGCACCAGCUCCCCACAGAUUCCUACCUUGGCCAUUCCGUCCUCUGAUACCCAGACUGAUCUUAGAGACAUGCUGCACAUUUUUAAAAGGUCAGCAAUUUCCUUUUUGACCUUUGCAAGAGCCCUAGGAUGGAUACCAUCUAGACCUGGUGAUCUUUUAAUUGUCUGUUUGCCAAUAAAGUUGAAAUUGGCAACUUUUCUGGGUUCCCACUAUCGCCCUUAAUUCCUUAGAUUCCCUUCCCAAAAACCAGGCAUCUGCUGUAUUUUCAGCUGUGAAGGCAGAUGAAAAUAAUUCCUUCUGCUUCUCCAGUCUCUGUUUCCUCUCUUGAAUACUCCUUUAACUCUUACCAUCCAGUGGUCCAAGUGCCUCUAGCAGGUUUCAUGUUUCUGACGUAUGCAAGGAAUCCUUUAAUACUGGCCUUGGUGCCGUUAGUGACGUGGCCCUCAAAGGGCCCCGUUCCCUGCCCGCCUGCCCCCCCCCGCACUCUCCUGCCCCCAUCUGAGCAACGCCUCUGUUCUCUUAAGGAGGCCUUAUUCCCCAGCUAGCGGAGGCCUCCCCAACAGCUGCUUCAACCGCCUGCACUGGGGGCCUCUGGGCGGGGGGCCUGGUUCAAGCACACCGGCCCAGCUGCUACUGCUGCUGGAUGCAGCCACCGCCGGGCAUUUGGAGGGAUUUCAGCCUCUUGGCUCGCCAUUUCAACUUCCUUUUUACCAGCUCCUCAUUUUAGAAGUGUCUUCUUUGAAGCCAAAUGUCAUUUUGUUGGACUUCCUUGACAGUUUCCCAAUUAAGUGUAUGUUGGAACUGGUAGCCGUCCCAGCUGGUACCUGCACACCUCGCCGAUGUUGUGGGUUUGGCUCCAGACCACUGCAAUCCAGUGAAUAUCACAGUAAAGUGAGUCAUGCAAAUGUAUUGGUUUCCCAGUGCAUACAGAAGCUACACUUAUAGUGUACUGUAGUCUAUUAAGUGCAAUAGCAUUAUGUCUAAACAAUAAUGUACAUGCCUUAAUUAAAAAAACUUUAUUGUUCAAAAGUGCUAAUCAUCUGAGACCUCAGCAAGUCGUAAUCUUUUUGCUGGUGGUCUUCCCUUGAUUUGGAUGGCUGCUGACCGGACGAGGUGCUGGUUGCUGGAGGCUGGGGUGGCUGUGGCAAUUGCUUAAAAUAAGGAAACAGUGACAUUUGCAACAUGUGCCGACUCUUCCUUUCAUGAACGAGUUCUCUGUGGCAUGCAAAGCCAUUUGAUAGGAUUUUACUCCCAGAACUGCUUUCAAAAUUGGAGCCAGUCACCACAAACUCCGCUGCUGCUACGUUUAAGCAAGUUUAUAUGAUAUUCUGAGUUCUUUGCUGUCAUUUCAACAAUCUUCAAGUAUCUUCACCAGGAGUAGAUUCCAUCGCAAGAAACCACUUUCUUUGCUCAUCCGUGAGAAGCAACUCCUCAUCCGUUAAAAAGUUCUGUUGUGAGAUUUCAGGAAUUCAGUCACAUUUUCAGGCUCUGCUGCUAAUUCCAGUUCUCUUGCUAUUUCCACUGAAGUCUUGAGCCCCUCAAAAUCUUCCAUGAGAGUUGGGAUCAGCUUCUUCCAAACUCCUGUUAAUGUUGAUAUUUUGACCUCUUUCCAUGAAUCACAAAUGUUCUUGAUGGGAUCUAGAAUUAUGAAUCGGUUCCAGAAGGUUUUCAAUUUGCUUUGCUCAGACCCACCAGCGGAAUCAUUAUCUAUGGCAGCUAAAGCCUUAUGAAAUGAGAUAAGACUUGAAAGUCAAAACUUAGGAUUAGACCCAAGGCUGUUUUCUGUUCUUGAGCAGUCAGGACACUGAGCAAUUCAAUCACUUUGUUGUGUCUGAAAAUGUUGUGAUGGAUUUCUCCAGCCAAGGUGGAGAUAAGUGCAGUCGCCCAUUAGCACAAGGGCUCCCUCCCUCCCUCUGCUGCCUUGGAUUUAGUUUUCCACUGCAUGACCACCCUGAGGGGCGAUGAAGGCAUGUUCCUGCGACGAGUGCCUGACCCAGGUGCUUUACCCCCAGGGCAUCUGCAGUGGAUUCCCUUAGAUGAUUGCGCCUGUGGACUCUGAUGUGCAGAGCAGCAUCUCCGGGAAGCCCUUCCUGGUCCUUCCUGGGAAUUUACAUCCGGGGGAACCAUUCCACCAGGCCCUUGAACGCCCCCAUGUGUAUGCUCCCACCGAGAAGCAGGCACUGCAGCUCCCCAACUUUGCCCGGAAGGGCUCCAGCGCUCACGCAAGCACCGUGUCGCUCCCCAGACACCUCCGCGCCUGCAUGCCACUGCUUCCGCCCAAGGCAGCUGCUUCCCAGGCCCGUCAGGCUCCCCCAGACAGGCCCAGGGCCAAAGCUGUUCUGCCACUGUUCGGCAGGGGCUGUGGCGCCAGCAGCCUGCUUCCAAGUGGUUCGCGGGGGGCUCGCCUUCCUUGUACAGGCCCAGCCCGUCCCCAGAUGUUCCCGGUGCCGAAUGGCUCUGGGUUCCUCCCCCGAGGCACCACCUCGUGCACAGAGGCUGCUCAAGUGCACCUGCCUGGCUGCCCCCGUGCACGGGACAGGUGGCAUGUAGACAGCCCCUUUGGUGGCCCCUGUCUUCUGCCAGCAACUCACAGGUGGCUCCCAGGACCUCCCGGCUACCUUGCUUAGUGAUUAACAAGCCACCAUCACUGGGCCAGAAUCACGGAUUCCCUCCCCGCACCAUC